AUGACCCCGAAACCUGCCCACGGUGUUGCCGCCGUUCCCUCGCGAAAUGCCCUUCGAGUCCUUCGGAGACUCGCUCUUGCCGGGUCAACUGUGGGCAGCUUUUGCACCGUUGCAGCUAUCACGUACGAUGUCCACCGGCGAGUUCGUAUUGCGGAACGCAUAGUCGAAAAUAAACGAGCUCUACAGACAUCUGCUCCCAAUUAUGAUGCGACCUCCGCAUCUAAAAGGCUCUGCCGCAUGAUGGAGGCGGCGGAAGCUGGUGAAUUCAUGAGCCUUGAGUCAUGGCAGGAGGAGGAAAGAAAAUUCAGAAAGUCACAGGGGUUCCAACCCGAGUAUAACGUGAAGAGUGAUCUGGAUAAACAGCUCUCUACGGCCGCAACGGAACAGGAACAGCUUGUCGCUGUCUCCCAAACCAGGGCUCCUACAAAUUCUGAACAGCCAACCGAGUCAAUUCAUUCCCCGGCGAACCAAACCAUUCCCAAGUAUGCCGACGGAAAGGAGUUCCCCGUCCUGACCCCAGUGACGGAUGCCCGCUCAAAAUAUACUAUUAGCCCACCAAGCCCAACAGCAGACCCAACUACUCCCUCACAUGGCCAAGGGAUGUCAAUUCAAGAGGAUGUUUCCGUGUCAGGCCAGAUCCAGGACUUGCUCAAUCGCAAUCGACCUAUCGAUGCUGCGGAAGUCUUCUUGGGGGCCCAUCCUGCCUCGACAUUCUAUAUCAACUGCAAGCAGAACAACGUUUUUAUGGCAAGAAGUAUCUUCAACCGGUUAAACGACAUCGAUACUGUAUCCCCCACGAUGUGGAAGGUUCUGCUGGUCGCGUUAGCCAGAAAUGGCUCGGUCGAAUCGCUUCCAGAUGACCUAGUUGAUAUUGUUCUCCGAUCACUAAUUGAAUCACGACGGCUUACAACCGCAAAGUGGGUUCUUCUGAGGAAUUUACGUGUGGACCGGGAUUGCGGAUUAUGCGGCGCAUAUUUGCAAGAGCUCUUGAAUGGUCAAUUUCGAAAGCUUUUAAUUAUGUUUCCCCGCUUCGGGAAGACCCCUACCGAGAAACUUUUCAACCCACUGGUAAAGGCGUAUGUGGAAUUUGGCAGGGCCGCCGACGCUGAAGCUCUAGUACACGAAAUGGUGAAUACAUACGAGGGGCUUCUGGUAUACGCCAAGGCUCUGGAUUGCGAUUGGGAAGCGCUCAAUCUCACGGACUCGAAGAGAGAUUUCACUCAGAUCUUUGAUCGCAUAUUUCUGGAGUACUGGAUCCGUGAUUUCCUUUACCGGUAUAUCGACAGGUUCCGCAUUGUUCCCGACCGAGUUCUUUACAAACACAUUCUGGAAGCUUUUGUGGAGAAGGGUAAUACAGACAUGAUCGCGGAAUUCUCCCAACUGGCCAAAGAACGAUUGUGGACGUCCAGGCUCAAUCAUGAUGAGUUUCUAGAGCUUCUCCGGGAUCGCCGGCAAGCCCUGGAGGAUUCGCCCGCCGCGCGGGAGGAACAUGGGCGAGCAGCUGCCACACAACAGGUCCUCGGCUAUGACCAACGCUCAUUCCCGCUCGCUACUGUGAACAAGAUGCCCAAGUCGCAAGCUUCCCUUCCGUGGUAUGAACGCACGCUGAAAGCGAUGACUCCAUCGAAGCCGGUGGAUCAGUAUCAAAAGCUUCACAAACAAAUGACCCAUUACAUGCAUGUGGGCAAGAUGCACGAAGCCCUCAGAUGCUAUCAGAAUGCCAAGAAUGCCCAGUUUCAAGUGAAGCAGCUCCAUGUGGAGCUGGCCGUGAUUGCUACGCUCUUGGAAGACGGAUUGAGCGCUGCGCGCGAGUUGAUCGAAACCGAGUGGAAAAGCAUCCGUCACCUGAUUCGAUUCUUCCCCGUCUUCUUCCGUCAGAUCACGGACGCCGACCCGUCAGCGGAAGGGGAACUGAUUAAAAGUGCGGUUCUGCGGUUUUACGAGCUCUGCUGGUCAAGCAAAAAGAUGAUGGUCAAGCAUCACAUCACCGCGGCGACUUCCCGACGUUUGAUCAUCCGCAAGCAACCGGAGUUGGCCAUUGAUGUGUUGACGGCUGUUUACACGUCCCGAUAUCGACGGGUGGUGAAAUUCGAUGCUGUUUGCAUGAAAAUGUUCCUUCGAGCUUUUGCGAGCGUCGGCAAUCUUGCCGGGGUCCGGUGGUGCAUGUUGACCAGUCUGUCCCGAGGGAGCGCGCUCAGCCGCGAUUUUGUCGUUGAAGUGCGUCGGCUCAUGGUAGCUCUCGAGCGCGACUCUGCGCCGGGGGAGCUGGCGGAGGAGGCAACCGAGCGGGCUAAGCAGCUGAGGUAUCUCAAUCACAUCGCGGACAUCCUCGAGCGGAAGUGCAACGGCGAAUCCGAAGCCUGGGGGGUGAAAACCGACCUUGCGGUGAAGAAGUCGUAUCGGCGGAUGUUAAAACGACCGCUUGACCACACACGUCUCUACAAUCAGUCGGAAAUCCAACGGACGAUUGAGGAGUGGGACGAGGAGUAUGAGCUCGAGGGUGUGCUCGGACGCAUUGACAUUGAACCCAAAUCCAUUCUUGCGCGAUGGAACGAGCCUUAUUGUCUGGGCCAGAAGACCCAAAAGCGCCUAGCCUCGUGUACUACUACUACUCCGUGUUGGCGGAGGCGGAAUCGCCUUUUCGUCCAUUCCCUCAGCUCUACCAUCUCCGCCAACGUUCCUCCUCUUGACUUCCCUUCCGCCACAACAAUGGCUUCCGCCGGUCUUGCUACCGACCAUGCCAAUAGCCCCAGCAUCAAGGUCUCAGAUGCAGCAGAAGAGCGCAGACGGGUUCAUCACGAUGCCGAUGUGGUAAUUGUGGGCGCAGGAGUUCUCGGAUGUGCGGUGGCGGUCGCAUUGGGCAAUCAGGGGCGAAGUGUGCUCCUGCUCGAAAAUUCCCUGAAGGAGCCAGAUAGGAUCAUCGGAGAACUCUUGCAGCCCGGAGGUGUCGCUGCACUGGAACAGCUGGGGCUCCGUGACUGUCUCGAGGGUAUCGAUGCCAUUCCCUGUCACGGUUACUAUGUCUCCUACUUCAACGAACCCGUCACCAUCCCAUACCCCGUUCAGAGUCCCGGGUCGCCACCGCCGGAGGGCCGCUCGUUCCACCAUGGACGCUUCGUGAUGAAGCUGCGCGCAGCCGCCAUGGCAUGUCCCAAUGUCACCGUGGUGGAGACAAAGGUCACAGAUCUAAUUGUCUGCUCCUAUACCAAGCAGGUUCUUGGCGUUGAGUGCUUGACCAAGGACAAGAAGGACUGCUACUUUGGCUCUCUCACAGUUGUUGCGGACGGCUACGCCUCGAAAUUUCGAAAACAAUACCAUCCUUACACUCCCAAGGUCAAGUCGAAGUUCUGGGGGUUAGAGCUUAUCGACGCGGAGGUCCCGCAGAAAUUCUACGGACAUGUCCUUCUGAGCAGCAAGCGGCCCCCAGUCUUGGUCUACCAGAUCGGAACACACGAGACGAGGAUCCUGAUCGAUAUCCCCGAAAACCUACCUACAGCGUCCGUCAAGAAUGGCGGUGUCAAAAACCAUAUGCGAAAUGUUGUCCUCCCUACUCUCCCCGAAUGUGUACAGCCCUCCUUCGCCGCCGCUUUGGAUAAAGGUCAAUUGAGGUCGAUGCCAAAUUCCUACCUCCCAGGCGCGACGAACAAAACACCAGGGUUGGUAAUGCUAGGUGACGCCCUGAACAUGCGACAUCCUUUGACUGGUGGCGGAAUGACUGUUGCCUUCAACGACGUGGUGAUCCUCCGGGAUCUACUAAGUCCGGAGAAGGUCCCCAAGCUGAGCGAUACUGCUCUCGUCCUGAAACAGCUGUCUGUCCUGCACUGGAAGAGGAAACAAGGUGCAUCAGUCAUUAACAUCCUAGCCCAAGCUCUCUAUUCUCUUUUCGCAGCUGAUGACAACUACCUCAAAGCCCUCCAACGAGGUUGCUUCCGCUACUUCCAACUAGAAAUGCACAGAGAACCCGUCAGUCUGCUCGGCGGUAUGCUCAAAAAACCUACAGUCCUCUUCCGCCAUUUCUUCACCGUCGCCUUUCUCUCGCUCUGGCUCGUCAUCCGCGAGUACCCAAUAUACCUCUUCCCCGUCGCCCUCGUCAAAUGCGUAAUGGUUUUCUGGACGGCGUGCGUCGUCAUUUUCCCUUACAUGAUAACCGAGGCCUUCUGCUAG